UUCUUAUAUCAGCUAAAUUUCCAGAGAGCCAUAGCUCUUCUUCACCCUGCUGGUUUUACGCUUCUGGCCUUCCUUGUCUAUCUCUCUUUCUCUCUCACACACAACACACAUUUGCUUCUUCAGCAAUUGCCUAUAUAUUUUCUUGUCACGCAAAAUUUUGUGUCCCAAUAGGCUGAAACUAGCACUAGCCAAAGAGCGCCUUCUUUGAUUCAGGGAAAAGGAAAGUUCGUUCCUCCUGAAAGGCUGAAAUCCCAUCAUUUUUGGAAAUAAUAAAACAGUCCCUUUUCUCUGGCAGCAUCCUUUUUCUGCAGGAUUUAAAUUUUUUCUCCUUUUUCAGCCUCAUAAGUCAAGAAAUAGUUAAAGCAAAAGCUUUCGCAUGCACACUUGUAAAUCAUAUUGCAAGUUGACAAAAAACUUAGAGAAACCUUUUGUUUUUUUAGCAAUUGGAGAUCUUAAAAAGGCAUCGGAAGUGUAAAGAAUAAAAGGGAUUCUUUUAUUUUCAAAGGAGAAUUCAGAGAAACGGCAAAGUUGAAAUUUUCGGAAAGGAGAAAUAUUGAAAUUGAAUGGCGGGGAGAGGAGGGAAAUGGGACGUUGUUUUUCGGCCGUUGUUGCCAAUUGUAUGCAAUUUUUUGUUAGCUUCAAUCCUUGUUUCAGCUGAAAGAAGCUUUAGGAAUGAAGCUUCAGCUUCUGCCCAGAAUUCUACAGGGAAUCCAGGUUCAGCUAAUUUUUCCAAGUUGUUGAACUUCUUGUGGCAGGCCGAUAAAUCAGGUUACGAGCAUGUUUGGCCUGAAAUGAAAUUUGGAUGGCAAAUCGUUGUCGGUACCAUAAUUGGAUUCUUUGGAGCAGCAUUUGGCAGUGUAGGUGGUGUUGGUGGCGGCGGCAUAUUUGUACCUAUGCUUUCACUUAUUAUAGGAUUUGAUCCGAAGUCAUCAACUGCUAUUUCAAAAUGUAUGAUCAUGGGAGCUUCAAUCUCAACUGUUUAUUAUAACCUAAAGCUCCGACAUCCUACAAUUGACAUGCCCAUUAUCGAUUACGAUUUAGCAGUUCUCAUUCAACCAAUGCUUAUGCUGGGAAUCAGCAUAGGAGUUGCUUUUAAUGUGAUUUUUGCUGAUUGGAUGGUUACUGUUCUACUAAUCAUUCUCUUCAUAGGCACAUCAACUAAGGCAUUUCUCAGAGGUGUUGAAACAUGGAAAAAGGAAACCAUUAUGAAAAAGGAGGCUGAUAAGCGUCUAGAGACAAAUGGCAAUGGUCAAGAAGAGGCGGAAUACAAACUUCUGCCUAGUGGCCCUAGCAAUGAUAAAGAAAAGGAUGCAAAGCCUGUUGAACAGGAGGUCCCCAUUCUGGAGAAUGUAUGUUGGAAGGAAUUUGGUCUCCUUGUUUUUGUCUGGAUUGCUUUUCUUGCAUUGCAAAUUAUCAAGAACUAUACGGAUACUUGUUCGGCACUAUAUUGGGUGGUCAAUUUGCUUCAGAUACCAGUUUCCUUUGGAGUAUCUUCAUUUGAAGCAUUUAGCUUAUACAAGGGAUGGAGAAAAAUUGCAUCAAAAGGAGAUGCUGGUACCAACUUUAAAGUGCACCAACUGAUCACUUAUUGUUUCUUUGGUGUAUUGGCUGGUGUAGUUGGAGGGCUACUUGGUCUAGGUGGAGGAUUUAUUAUGGGUCCACUAUUUCUAGAGUUGGGUGUACCUCCUCAGGUUUCAAGUUCAACAGCCACCUUUGCCAUGAUGUUCUCAUCAUCGAUGUCAGUUGUUGAAUAUUACCUUUUGAAACGUUUUCCAGUUCCUUAUGCGCUUUAUUUUAUUGCUGUUGCAACCGUUGCCGCUUUUAUUGGUCAACAUUUUGUGAGAAGGAUAAUCAUCUUAUUGGGAAGGGCAUCCCUUAUUAUCUUCAUUCUGGCCUUCACCAUCUUUGUCAGCGCCAUCUCACUAGGUGGUGUUGGCAUUUCAAACAUGAUUGGAAAGAUUGAACACCAUGAAUACAUGGGCUUUGAGAACCUCUGCAAGUAUACAGGUUAACAUCUUGCUUACCGCAAAGCAAAUCUGUUGAUUGACGUUACACCAUACCUACAGUCACAACAAAGAGUAUCAUUGCUUCUUUUUGGUUUUGUAGUCAAAGAAAGUAUUUACAAUUGCAGACUAAAUAUUUCAGUUCAUUUUUCUGUGGAGAGAAUUCUCAGAGCAUAGAGGUUUAGGAAUGAAAAGCUGUCUUCUUUUUACUUUCUUUAUGGUUCAAUAGUGAUCAAACUUCCCUCUCCUUUUGUUUCUAGUUGAAUGGACUAUGUGCCAUUUAAACUUCUUUAGAAUUAUAAAAUCUUUUCAGUGUUUUAAUCU